AUGGCCACCAGCACGGCCAAGUUUACAGGCGACCCAAAUUCACACGACACGUCCGAAUUCAGUGACGGCAUUAGCGCAACAUGCCUCUGCGGCAGUAUCCGGAUCACCAUUAACGACAACGAACUCUUUACUAGAAAGCGCGGACACUUGUGUCAUUGCGCCAACUGCAGAAAAGUCGCUGGCUCAUACGUAUCGUCAAACUUGGCCAUCGAGAAAGAAAAGGUCGUUGUUGAUGAUCCCCAGGGUGUAUUGAAAAGGUACCGAGACUAUGCCACGGCAAGUGGGAAAUGUGUUGAGAGGUGCUUCUGUGGGACUUGUGGGAACCCCCUCCUGAGUAUUGCUGAGAUCUACCCGACUAUGAUCAUCGUAAAGAUGGGGAUAUUCCCGAGGAUACCAGAGCCAGAAUGCGAAUCCUUCGCGUUGCAUCGUCAUGCAUGGCAGGGGAAGCAUGGCGACUUGCCGCAGUUCGAGAUCGUACGCGGCGGAAAGCAGCUCGGCGAAUAG